AUGGUUGGAUUGGAAGAUGGACAGGGUGAUGGAGAGGGAGGUGGCUUGAGAUUUCGCUGCGGACUCGACGUUGGGGAGGGUAGUGUAGCCGUAGGUUUGGGGCUCCCGGGUGCCGAGGAGGUUGAGGUUCGGGCCGUUGAUCAGGAGGAUAGAACGAGUGGGCAUUUUGGUGGUGCUUCGAGUAAUGUGGUCGAGCUUCUCAUGCAAUUUGCCCCCGCGCGAAUGGGCGACGUUGGGUCGGGCGACUUGAAAUUUACCGAGAAGGAUAGCGCGGUGGACAUCGUGACGAAGGCUGAUGAAGAUGUUGAGGCCUUCAUCAAGACCUCAAUUGAGAAGAAGUACCCCACGCACAAAUUCCUCGGCGAAGAAAGCUCUUCUAAAGGCUCCUCCCGAUCUUACCUCAUCGAACCCUCGACCCCAACCUGGUGCGUUGACCCCCUCGACGGCACAGUUAACUACACACACCUGUUCCCCAUGCUCUGUGUGUCCAUUGGCUUCAUUAUCAACGGUGAUCCCGUCAUCGGCGUCAUCUAUGCCCCUUUCCUUUCGCAACUUUUCUCGUCCUGCCGCGGGCGCGGUGCCUGGCUCAAUGAGACGCAACGCUUGCCACUAAUCUGGCGGAGGGUGAGACAUCUUGAGUAUAGUAGGCCAGGCGCAUAA